GGCCGAGGAAGCCGAAAGUAGCUUCAGCGAGGCUUAGCGCCCCGGACCGCCGAGGACCGGUCUGAUCGUGGCAGAGACCGGGAUGUGUGGGGCGAGGCCGUAAGGACUUGACUCACCUUCUCCAUCCCCUUUCUACCCAACUCCCCAUCCGGAGGGCUCCGGGCCUCCAGCUGCCAGCCCCCCGAUUUCGGGGCAGGGUGUGACGACCCCGAUUUCUGUUUGCAAGCACAGCCAGCAGUUCAAGAGCCAGGUCCCAAGGUUGGAUCUCUUUUGCCUGGGCUGCUAGCCCGGGCCUCAGAGUCUUGGGUGCAGGCGACGGAGCGUGGGCCGCGCGCCAUGGCCGACCGGCAGGCGGGCCUGGCGGCCGGGGACUGGGAGAUCGACGUGGAGAGCCUGGAGCUGGAGGAGGACGGGCGCGGGGCGCUGCCGCCGAUGCCGCCGGGGCCCAGCCCGCCGCCGGCCGACGGGGACGGCGAGGACGACGACGACGACGAGGAGGAGGACGACGACGACGUGGAGGACGAGGGCGACGGCGACGGCGAGGAGGCGGGCGCGUCCCCACUCCGUUGCCCUGGGAUUAUGGACAAGAAGGGGCUUUCUGGGAAACAGAAUAAUUUCGAGCGCAAAGCCGUGUAUCAGAGGCAAGUGAGGGCACCCAGUCUGCUGGCCAAAAGUAUUUUAGAAGGCUACCGCCCCAUACCAGCAGAGACUUAUGUGGGAGGGAGCUUACCUCUACCUCCCCCAGUAAGUGACCGGAUGAGGAAAAGGCGGGCCUUUGCUGAUAAAGAGUUGGAGAACAUUAUGCUGGAGAGAGAAUAUAAAGAGAGGGAGAUGUUGGAAGCUUCCCAAGCUGCUGCCUUGUUCCUGCCCAACCGCAUGGUGCAUGGACCUGAAUACAACUACAAAAGUGCCUACAGCCCUACCCCGGUGGAACCACCAAGCAAAGACUUCUGUAAUUUUUUGCCCACCUGUCUUGAUCUAACCAUGCAGUAUUCAGGGUCUGGGAAUAUGGAACUAAUUUCUUCAAAUGUCAGUGUGGCCACGACUUACAGACAGUAUCCUUUGUCCUCAAGAUUUUUAGUUUGGCCCAAGUGUGGCCCCAUUAGUGACACUCUCCUCUACCAGCAAUGCCUGCUAAACACCACCACCUCAGUUCAGGCCCUGAAAUCUGGGGCCAGCUGGGACUUGAAGGGAGUACAAGUCCAGGAUGGACUCAGUGCCGAACACGACGUGAUGCCACCCAAAUUGGAAGGCUCUCUGGUGCUGCCUCACACUCCCGAGGUCCAGACCUCAAGAAGUGACCUUCAGGGUCACCAGGCUGUCCCUGAGAGGUCUGCGUUCUCCCCACCCCGACGGAAUUUCUCUCCAGUUGUUGACACGGACUCCCUGGCAGCUCAAGGGCACAUCUUAACCAAGAUCAGCAAAGAAAGCACCAGGCACCCUCUGCCACUUAAACAUAAUCCAUUCCACUCAUUAUUCCAGCAAACUCUUAAUGACAAAUCGGGUCCUGAGUUGAAAACACCAUUUGUCAAAGAGGCCUUUGAAGAGGCCCCUAAGAAACACAGAGAGUGUUUAGUCAAGGAGAACCAGAAGUACACAUUUACAAUAGAUAGAUGCGCAAAAGACCUUUUUGUAGCCAAACAAGUUGGAACAAAACUCUCUGUGAAUGAACCGCUGUCAUUUUCUGUUGAGUCUAUUCUCAAGAGGCCUUCAUCUGCCAUCACUCACAUCUCUCAGUGAAAGCCUGCUGAAAUGGAAAGCUGGAUUUUCUGCAGUCUCAGAGGGUUCUUACCAGUUGCUAAUUUUUUUUAAAGAAAAAAGUUGAGAUGUUUGUAUAAAGAAAUUUCUAAUGUAAAUGAUGGCGAUUAAAAGAUUUAUAUUCGUAUGCAUGUACUUCUCACCACAUAUUUAAACUUAAAGUUGGAAAUUGCUUAUGUGCAAAUUGUAAAGUUUCACACUUUACACAUUAUCUCAAAAGCAAUAAAAUUGGCACUGCCUUA